AUGACGAUCGACGUGAAUCUCUUGCGCGCGGAGAAAGGCGGAGACCCCGGGUUGGUGCGCGACAGCGAAGUCCGCCGAGGCCGCUCUGGAGAAGUCGUCGACCAGGCGGUCGAGGUUGACAGGAAGUGGCGAGAGAAUUUGUUUCAGUUGGAGCAGUUGAAGAAAGAACUGAACGCAGUCAACAAGGAGAUCGGUCAGCGGAAAAAGAAGGACGCGAAAGAUCCGUGUCAAGACUUGCUGACGCAGGCCGCCGAGCUGAAGCAGCGCCUGCCGACGAUCGAAGCGGCUGCGACGCAGGCCGAGGAAAAGCGCGAGAGUUUGCUCCACAAAAUCGGGAACAUUGUCCACAAAUCGGUCCCGGUGUCGAACGACGAAGCGAACAACCAGGUUGUGCGGACCUGGGGCACGUUCGACCGGAGCAUCAAGAUUGACGGCACUCCAGGCCGGAUGCACCAUCACCAGAUUCUCGCACGUCUGGGUGGUGUGGACUUCAAAAAGGGAGUCGAGGCAGCCGGGCACAGAGGGUACUUCCUCAAAGGCGCGGGCAUGUUGUUGAACGUCGCUCUUGCUCAGUACGGUCUCGCUUUCCUUCUGCGAAAAGGCUACACUCCAGUUCAGCCGCCGUUCUUCAUGCGGAAGGAAGUCAUGGCGCGCGCGGCGGAACUGAAGGAUUUCGAGGAAACCCUCUACCGCAUCCCGCACGCCCAAGCGGCGGCGGGCGCUCCGGCGGACAAGGCUGGAGCCGAGAAGAAGAACGAAAAGGACGCUGACCGGGACGACUUGUUCCUCAUCGCCACUUCCGAGCAGCCGCUCUGCAGCCUGCACAUGGGCGAGACGCUCGAGGAGAAGGAACUCCCCAUCCGCUACGCGGGGUACAGCUCGUGUUUCCGCAAGGAGGCGGGCUCUCACGGCAAGGACUGCUGGGGAAUUUUCCGCAUUCACCAGUUCGAGAAAGUCGAGCAGUUCUGCAUCACGACGCCGGAGGAAUCCUGGAAAAUGCACGAAGACAUGAUCGGCGCUGCCGAGGAGUUCUACCAGUCUCUCGAACUUCCAUACAGGGUCGUCUCGAUCGUCUCCGGCGCCCUCAACGACGCAGCCGCGAAAAAGUACGACUUGGAGGCCUGGUUCCCCGGCUACGAAGACUACAGAGAACUUGUUUCCUGCUCGAACUGCACGGACUACCAGUCGCGAGCGCUGGACAUCCGCCUCGCCCACAAAGCCAGCACGGCGAAGGGUGCGGACAAGAACGAAAAGGGACAUGUCCACAUGCUCAACGGUACGCUCGUCGCCACGCAAAGGUGUCUGUGCUGCAUCCUGGAAAACUACCAAACGCCUCUCGGAGUCAAAGUGCCGCGCGUCCUCGUUCCGUACAUGGGCGGCGCCGAGUUCCUCCCCUUCGUUGAGGGCGCUGGCGAGGAGUCUGUCAAGAAGGAGAGCGCGUAA